AUGCCCAAUAUUGUGGUUGGAUGUGUUGUUGCAAUUGUUUCUAGUGCUCUUCAAUCGACGGGCCUGACGCUUCAGAGAAAAGCGCACAUUAUAGAGAGCUUCCAGGAUACGAACACUGCUCGCACCAAUGCGCAAAUCCUGUGGCGAGUGGGCGUUCUGCUGUUUGUCGCCUCCAAUUUAGUGGGCUCGGGAAUCCAGCUGGUUUCUCUGCCGCUGCUGAUUCUGUGUCCACUACAGGCCGUAGGGCUUGUGUUCAACUCGCUUUUUGCCUCUAUUUUAUUGGGAGAAUCCCUCACUUCGGUUUCGUUACUAGGCACAGGGUUGGUUGUUCUGGGCGCUGGGGUAGUGGCGGGAUUCGGUGCUCUGCCCGAGCCGGACCGGUCCCUCGACGAGCUCAUCAAGCAGCUAACCAGAUCCUCGUUCUUGCUGUGGUUUUUAUUCUCUCUUGCAUUGGCUGCCGUGCUGGCUCUGGCGGCCGUCCGGAGAAAGUCCCACGAGUCCAAGGGCGUGUGCUACGGGAUCCUGUGUGGCAUUCUGUCGGCCCAUUCUCUUCUUAUGGCCAAAUCUGCAGUCCAGUUGCUGCUCCAUGCUGCCCACAAAGGGUUCAAGGACAUUUUACGUAUCCAAUUUCUGUUUAUUGUCGCAUUGUUCGCACUGUUUGCGGUUCUCCAGCUGUACUUUGUGAACAAUGGACUAAAGUACGCAUCCACCUCCAUUCUGUACCCGCUGGUGUUUUGCGUAUUCAAUCUAGUCUCAAUGGUCAAUGCCUUGCUGUACUAUGAACAAGUCGAUACCUUGAAAGGUUACAAGGUGUUUGCCGUGGUUCUGGGCACCGUCAUGUUGCUGGCUGGCGUGUUUUGCUUAUCUGGCCGGCUGGAUACAGGGCCCUUCCAGGCAGAAGAACGAGUCCCACUCAUCCAGAACAUUGGCACGUCGGAGUACACGUCUUUGCAUAACAUUCACCCCGGCGUAGUAAACCCAGACGUUCCGGCGUCACGACUUACCCGAAUGCGGUCUUAUCGCAAUCACAAAAGACGGGCGCUGUCCCGCGAGGAGUCCCAAAUCCUGCACGAACUGGGCUCCUAA